AUGUAUUGUGAAUAUCCAAAGAAUGCUUUCCAAGUGCUGAUCAAUAGGCAGUGUCCUGCUACACAUCCAUUUUGUGUCAUUGAUGUGCCAUUCGAUGUGUUGCUUAAUCAGAGGUAUAGAUGUGCCACAGCGCCACGUCGAACAGAUCUCAUGGUACAUUUGAUGAAUUCAUCACAAUUGUUGGCACAAGUAAACAAUGACAAUGAAUUAUAUGGUGGUCAUUCGAAUUGUAUGUUAACCGCAUUUUAUUCGCCAGAUUGUGCAUUUAGCAUACGAAUGGUGUCCUACCUCUAUCAAUUGCCACGCAUGUAUCCUCGAUUGCAUAUUGUUGCCACUGAUGCAAGAGACCAUAGCAAGUUGAAUAGUCGGUAUGGGAUCAUUGGGACACCUACCAUACUACUAUGGGUCGAUGGCAGUGUAGUUUCCCGUAUGGAUGAGGCACCUUUCUCAUUGAAAGCAUUCAAAGAUUAUAUAGAAAAAUGGACUGAUCUUGAGUUAGAAUAUAUUGCAGCAAUGGAAAACGAAAGUGGUUUGAUUGAAAACAUACAAUUUCACAAAUCAAGUUUCGAUUGGUAUCUUUGCAUGUCGUGGUGUUCUUUUAUGCUAAGCAUUGUUUAUUUCUUCAUGAAUUCGAAAUACGGACAAGCUUUCUGGGCAACAGUCCAGACAAAUUACAUUCAACCAAAUCAGGCUCAGCGAUAA